GCACCACAGGACUUUAAUCCUUGAGUUCUGUCCUUGAGUUCUGUUGACAACCACAUGCUGAAGCUCCUUGUGAGCCAGAGAAGCUCAGGUAGACUGCUGUCGGCACCUGUGGGACGUAGAAUCAUCUCCCUGAGCAGACUGAAUCCUGGUGUCUCUGUUUCACUGUUCAGGACCUCAAGUCAACAUUUUGGGAUGGAUGCUCUAUUCAAAUCAGUGGAGGAGACGUCUCAGCCCAUACAAGCUGAUGUCAAAGGUCAAAUCCCAGACUGGCUGAAGGGAAGCCUGCUGCGGGUCGGUCCUGGAAAGUUUGAAAUCGGUGACCAGUCCUACAACCACUUGUUUGAUGGCUUAUCUCUCAUCCACCGAUUUAACAUUGAGGGUUCAAAGGUGACAUACCAAAACCGUUUUCUGCGUAGCGACUCGUACGUUCUGGCCCAACAACAGAACAGAAUUGUGCUCACCGAGUUCGGAACAAACUCCUAUCCAGACCCCUGCAAGAAUAUCUUUUCAAGGAUCUUCUCCUACUUUUGGGACACAUCCGGCUCCUCGGAUAACUGCAACGUGAACUUGAUGCAAGUUCGAGAUGAGGUCUACGCCAUGACGGAACCACCGGUCAUGAGGAGAGUGGACCCCCAGACUCUGGAAACAGACCCAGAAAAGGUGGACCGUUCCAAAUACGUGGCCCUGAACCUGAUGACCGCCCACCCCCACACGGACCAAGAUGGAACGAUCUACAACAUGGCGACACGAUACGGAAAAGAUGGCCUCUUUGGCCUGGUCAGGAUGCCACUUCCUGAUGAAGGAGAAAGGAACAAUCCAAUGCAGAAGGCCUACAUGGUUGGCAGUAUUCCGCACCAGGUUAAAAUGAGGCCGAACUACUUCCAUAGCUUUGGUCUGACGGAGAAGUACGUUGUGUUUGUGGAACAGCCCAUGUACAUCAACGUCUGGAAAAUGAUGUUUGCUAAAUUCACAUCUGGAAAGUCAGUGUCUGCUGCCAUGGAGUUUGACGGCAAUACACCGGCACGAUUCCAUGUCAUUGAGAAGGAUACAGGGAAGGUGUUACCCACCGUGUACCUGUCCGACCCUUUCUUCACAUUCCACCAUAUCAACACUUAUGAGGAGGACGGACAGCUGGUAGUCGACCUUUGUUGUAAUGGCCCAGGAGACAGUGUUGCCGCUUUGUACCUGGAAAACCUUAGGGGCUCAGAGGGGACCUUUGAUGACAUUGAUACUGAGGCAAGGCGAUAUGUCUUGCCACUUCAGCCUACUCAGGCUUCUGAUCAGGACAAUCUUGUGACUCUGGUUGACACCGAGGCAACUGCAGUUCUUCAAGAAGAUGGGACUGUCUUCUGUACACCAGAAAGACUUUGUCCAGAUACAUGCACUAUGGAGCUCCCCCGAAUCAACUAUGACCAUUAUAACGGGAAGAAAUACCAGUUCUUCUAUGGAAUUUCAGGGCAAAUAGAUAUGCUCAUAAAAGGUGACACCCAGACCAAGGCAUCAAAAACAUGGAAGGAGGCAGGAUGCUAUCCCUCCGAGCCUGUCUUUGUGCCAGCACCAGGAGCAACUGCUGAGGAUGAAGGAGUGGUGUUGUCCCUGGUGGUGAAGUCGUCAUCAGGCGAGGACCGUUCUGUCUUCCUGCUGGUCCUCGAUGGACAGACGUUCAGCGAGGUGGCGCGGGCGGAGGUGCCCAGCCCUGCCCAGGCCUGCAUGACCUUCCAUGGGAUCUUCCUGCCUAACAUGUAGGCUUGCAAGACCAACAGUGCCCUAUUUGACUUUAUUAUUAUUAAUCAAUCAAUCGUUCACUUGCAUCAUGACUUGCGUGGCGGCUACAUACAGUUCGAACAGUUCUCGCCACAUUGUUUUACACUGGGCGUGGACAGUCCAGUCGGAUCUGGGGACCCCCAGCUCCCGGAGUGUGUUGAAGACCUCAUCUUCCCAUCUCCCUCUAGGACGGCCUCUAGGACGCUUCCAUGAUGGAUCAGGAUCAGAUGUUGUCAGUUUGAUUAUUAACCUUCAACAAAAAUGUUACGUUUUCAGUGGUGUGUGUUUGUGUGACUGUCUGUUCCCAGUGUAACUCCAGAAGCUGUUAGAAGGUUCUUUAAGAUGAUAUUUGGUAUGGUUUGGAAGAUAAAAGAAAAGUCUGAUAGUGGGCCUCUUAUAGACAAUUUUGUGUGGUAUUACAGUGGAAGGCGCUGCAGUUGUGAUAUCUUGUUUGGAUGACAAAAACACUACACAAUGUGGAGGACUAGGCAAUAAAUGCCUAGUAGGUGUACCAAUGCCUUAUUAAAAGAAAUGUAUCGCGCCAAAAUAGGAAGUGCCUUAUUUUUCUAUUUCCUAUAGACUACCGGUACUAAUAGAGGCUAUUAGAGGCUUAAAAAGGUAAAAUAUCUCCAAUAGGACUAUAGGAGAAUGAGAUUUUUUUGCUGAGCCUAAGCUUAUGUUACACAAUAUAUUGCUACCAGGGGUUCAGUAUAGCAGGUGCAUUAUAAAUUUGUACAUUGAUAUCUGGUAUUUUGGACCUGCACCUAAAUGAUUUUCAUGGUACUGUAACAGGUAAGCAGUAAGCGGUACAUAUUCCUAACAUAAUGCCAUGUUGAUUUGAUUACAUAGUUGACAGCCGCACGCACAUCAAUUUUCAACCGUUUCCA